AUGACUACAAUCAACAUUCAUUGCUAUAUUGUUUUCAUUAUUCUCAGUAUAACAGUUCAGAUCAAAUCUGAAAUAUGUGAGAAAACAGUUCAAUACGGUGAAUGUUCGACAAAUAUUGCUUGUGGAUGUUUUCAUAUGAUGGGUGUUAAUGAUGAUAUAGGUGUUUGUGGCUUUCUCUGGCCCACAUGUUCUCGGCUUGUACCAUGUAAUUCUUCAGACAAUUCAUGUCUUGAAUCUGAUAAGAUCUGUGUUCAUCAUCCUCAAUGUGAUGACCGUCCUCUUUGUUAUCCAGUUGCAAUGGCUGAUCAACGUAUCUGUCCACCAAAAGAAAAUAUGAUCAAUUCUAAAUGGGAACAAAAUGGAAUGACUGUAGCUGGAGGAAAUGGAUAUGGAAACGAAUUAAACCAACUUUUUCUUCCUACAGGACUCUUUAUAAAUGAUGAAAAAACAAUUUAUAUUGCUGACUAUUACAAUCAUCGUAUUGUUGAAUGGAACUUUAAUUCGAAGAAUGGCCAGAUCAUUGCAGAUGGAAAUGGAAAUGGAAAUGAUCAGUUCAAAUCCCCAACAAAUGUGAUUUUUGACAAACAAAAUAAUUCUUUGAUUAUUUGUGAUCGAGGGAACAGGCGAGUGAUUCGAUGGUUUUACCAAGAUCAAAUAAAAUCACAAAUUCUUAUUUCUGAUAUUGCUUGUUUCGGUCUGGCAAUAGAUAAAAAUGGAUUCAUUUAUGUUUCUGAUUUUAUCAAGGGAGAAGUGAGACAAUGGAAAGAAGGAGAACAAUAUGGAAGGAUAGUUGCUGGUGGCAAUGGAAAUGGAAAUCAACUUAAUCAACUUUAUUAUCCUACUUAUAUCUUUAUUGAUGAAGAUUCUUCUCUUUAUAUAUCAGACUUUUCCAAUCAUCGUGUGAUGAAAUGGAGAAAAGAUGCAAAAGAAGGAAUUGUUGUUGCUGGUGGAAAUGAUAAAGGAAGCAGUCUCAAACAGUUGUCUAAUCCUGAAGGAGUGUUUGUUGAUCAUUUAGGCAUAAUCUAUGUGGCAGAUAGGGGAAAUAAUCGAAUAAUGAGUUGGUGUGAAGAAAAAGAAGAAGGUGAAAUUGUUGUUGGUGGAAAUGAACAAGGAGCUGAAUCAAAUCAAUUGUCUGAACCCAGUGGUUUAUCCUUUGAUGUUGAAGGAAAUCUUUAUGUCGUUGAUUCUAACAAUCAUCGAGUUCAAAAAUAUUUAAUUGAUAUCUAA